AUGACAGAUAUCGAGAAAAAUACAAAUAAAGCAAAAUUUACCAAAUUACCGUCUUACCCAGCCAUUGAACCGCAGUCCUCGAAUGAAAAUUUUUCCAAAACAGAUAUAACAUCUGCAGAGUCACAUGAUCUGAUGAACCAACGCGAAGAAGUUGAGUUAGAAUGCAAGAAUUAUUUUGAAUCAGUUUUCAACUUAACGAAACCUUUAAAUGGAAAUAGUAACGAUAAAAAAGACAACAACAUACUGAAUGAUGUGACACUGACAAAGGAUAUGGUUAUAAGCGCCGUAGACUGUUUUAUAACUGAUUUGAAUAACGACAUCAAAGUGGAGUCAACAACUACUCUGCGGUCAGAGAUAGAGGAAACCCACAAAGAAGACGUCCAAACGAAUAUUACAGUUUUAAGAAGUGAAGUCACAAACGGAAAUUGGUCCAAAAAUAUUACAACAUCUAAAAUAUUACAUGAUCUAGAGGAUCAACAAGAAGAAGGCAUGGAGUUGGAAUCGGAGAAUUUCAAAUCAAUUGUAAACCCAACGACGCCAUUGUAUGAAAAUAAUAACACGGAAAACAUACUAAAUGAUGAGAUACUAACGAAGGAUGGAGUUAUGAGCGCCAUCGACAUACUGUUAAUCGAUAUGAAUAACGACGUCAAAGUAGAGUUAACAACUCCUCCACGGCCAGAGAAAAAAAGAACCCACAGAGAAGGCGUUCGAAUGAAUACUACAGCUUUAAGAAGAGAAAUGCAUAUCAAAAAGAGACUCCAAAAUAAUAAACACAAAUAA